GUUCCCUCUAUUCCAGUCCCCCUUUUCAGUUCUCAUCUCCCCCCCCCAGAUUCAGACCCCCGACCCCAUCUCGUCCCUGAACGCCCGGCUGAGGCGCUGGUAUCCACUCCCCUCCGCAAUAAGCCAGUGCGCAACGCCCAUCAUACCAUCAUACCAUGCCGCUGCGCGAAAUACUUCACAAGAAGGACUCGCUGAACGUGUCGGCGGGUCGGUAUGCAGACGAUCGCAUUCCUGCCACCACCGUCCCCCAGAUCACCUUCGUCCGCUCCGACACCACCUCGCAUGAGGUCAUCCGCCCGCCCGCCUUCGAUGGCGAUGUCGAUCACCCCGAUCAUCAAUAUCUAGACCCCGUGCCUCCAUCGCCGUCGCAUCGAAAAUCAUUCAACCCGUUUCGUCGCUCGCGAGCGCCGUCCGAAUCCUCAGGCUCGACGACGUCCCCCACGCGCCAGCGACGGCUAACGCAUCUGCUGCAUCUCGAUCGGGCCGGCACGCGGACCUCCAGCUCGUCGUCCGUCAACGUUCCAUCGGAUCUUCUGCAGGUCAACGGGGAUAAAGGCGAUGAACAGGAGAGGGAGGCACAAUGGGAGCGAAGGGCGACGGUGCUGGUGCAGCGAAAUCCGCAACUCGCGGCCUCGUGUCUAUCGCCUACCUCGCCGACGGGCUUUGGAUUGGAUGGAGCCCCGUCGCGGUCCCGAAGCUCGAGUGUGAAUCGGGUCAACGACCCGGGGGAGGAUGAGGCGAUUCGGCUCCAUGAAGCGGGAGAUCUAGAACGGUCAACCAAGAUGAUUGAGUGCUUAGCAGACCCCAACGGUGCCAACAAUGCGCUGAGCCAGGUGCUCUUUGGACUCGCGCUGAGACAUGGUUGGGGAUGCACGCCCGAUCCAGACCGAGCCAUCCUGUAUCUUUCGGCCGCGGCCUCGAACUCGGCCUCGAUCGAGUCGGAGGCGUUACAGGCCGGCAUGAAGAAGGGGGGAGCGGCCAAGGGGGAGCUGGUACUGGCUAUCUUCGAGCUAGGCAACUGUUUCCGGAACGGCUGGGGCGUGAAGAAAGACCCGAUGGCAGCGCGACAGUACUACGAGACGGCGGCCAAUCUGGGCGACACCGACGCGAUGAACGAGGUCGCUUGGUGCUACCUGGAGGGCUUUGGGGGGAAGAAGGACAAGUUCGCGGCCGCCAAGUACUACCGAUUGGCCGAGGAGAAAGGCAGCAAAUUAAUGGGCAAUUCCUGGAUCUGGAAGGACAAGUACAACCCUUAGAUAGUUAGGGCUGUGCUGUGUCCCUGUUACAGACCCGCCUCCGUCUGCUUGCAUCGAGGGUCCGGUACCACCACCACCACCACCAACCACCCCAUCCAUCCAAGGAUUUCCCUUCUCCCUCACCAUCAUCCGAUCCGUCCUCAACCGACAGACUCCACCCACACCCCAGACGGCAGACGGCAGCCCGGGGGGAACACAGGCCUCAUCCCUCCCCCCUCCUCUUCUCAAAGCACCCCCCUCG